AUGCUCGGCAUCGACUCAUUCGUCGGUUGAGUAUCGCAGUGUGCGCAGCAAAGUGAACUGAGACAGAUCUCAAUUUUUGUCGUGUGUUCUUUUAUUCUCUGUGACCUGGAGAGAAGAAUUGAAUAAAAAAAAAUCUAAUCUACGGGUUUCUAUAGCAAAGAGAAGAAGAAUAAGGCAUUUUAAAUUGAGAAAAGCCAUUUCAUUAAUUGACCACUGGAAUUAUUUCGCGGUUUUUUGCCCACUUUUUCUCGGUGAUUCGGUGAGAAAGUUGAGCUCUGUGAGGCGUUCUGGAAAAAAAUAUAUAUAGGCACUCUCUUGAGGAUUGUGUCAUCAAUCCCCAUAUUGCUUAAGAAGAAAAAAGUGAUUUUUCCAAAGUGUUUCAGUGAAAAUUCAUAGAUAGAACGCAGGAAAAGGCCAAUUGUGGUUUUUUUCUCUGUUCCCAAUUACGACUUGACUGCUCUUAUAUAUAUAAUAUCGUUUUUGUCGAUCGACUCUCGGAAGAAAGUCUCUUGAGGCCCCCACCCAAGCACGAAUACGGUUUUUUUAUUUGGUGACCAAGAAGGAAAGCUCAAGAAGUUAAAGUUAAGUCGCUCCGCCAAGGAAGUUGUAGAGUGAGAAAGAUAAACGUGGUGAAAAAGGGGAGAAAAAGAGAAAGAAGAUAUACCUGGUGCACUGUGUGAAUAGGGCAGGAAAUUAUAGUCCUCCUGUGCACUGUGUAAUGGCGUUUUUGCGAUCGGCCGUUCGCUACAAUCAUCUCUUGUUCACGCGUAAAGUAACUGGGAAAGCGUCUGCCUUGGACUUCCUCUCUGGACAGUGUCUCAAUGUCACCCCAGCUGUAACUCUGAGCUUAUUCUCCAUCCUCGAGCAGCGCACCAUCCCUAAGGACAUAUUUGUUCGUCAUCAUAGCCAACGCAGGACUGGUCAGGUAGAUUCUAAGCAGGAUGUUCAGGGUGUUCGUACUAAUUCGACAGUGGCUGCAGCGGGACACUUGGAGGAGCAGCCUCAGAGGGAUCCCCUGGACGUAAAAUUUUCCGAUCCACAUGCUGCAUUCAAGAGUAAGACGACUUUUGAGCUCAUCCGCGCCUACCUUGUCUACUUGACCUGCUCAUCCAGCUAUCUUGUGGAGCACAACAUGCAGCUCAUGAAAUUGGCAAAAGCUUUACUGGGUGACAAACUCUUCGUUUGGCUAAUGCAGUCAACAUUUUAUGGACAUUUCGUUGCUGGAGAAGAUCGUUUUAAAAUCGUACCCACUUUGGAGAGAUUGCGUUCAUUCGGUGUUAAGCCCAUUCUUGAUUACUCUGUGGAGGAGGAUAUAUCGCAGGAGGAGGCAGAGAAGCGUGAAGUAGAGUCGUCAGUGUCUGAGCUCACGCCACAGGACAGUAACACCCUGCCGCAGUAUAAAGUGGACAGGACCUUUGCUGAUCGACGAUACAAAGUGCAGAGUGCAAGGACAUACUUCUACUUGAAUGAAGCCACUUGCGAGAGGAAUAUGGAGACAUUUAUUGAAUGUCUCGAGGCAGUUUCUGGAGCUACAUUCGGAACUGGUAUUACUGCAAUCAAACUAACUGCCCUGGGCAGGCCACAGCUAUUGCUACAAUUAUCCGAAGUAAUUAUGCGAGCAAGACAGUAUAUGCUGGAGUUAUGUGGUGGAGCCGGAAAUGUUUUGACACACCACAAAACAAUUAAGGAUCUCGAGCAGUAUUACAGCGGUAUAAGUGAUAAUAAAGAUGUUAAGGAGUUCUUAAAGAAUAUGACAACUGAUAAGGAAGGAAUUCUCCAUCUCUUCCCCUGGUCUGGCAUUAUAAAUGAGAAUUUCGAAUUGAGCGAUAGUUUCCGUGUUCCGGAUCCGCAUACUGGCCAAAUGAGGCGACUGAUCUCACAAAUUCCACCCAAAGAAGAGGAGAUGUUUCGAAAUAUGAUUAGGAGAGUAAAUACUAUUGUUAAGACUGCUGAAGAAUUGGAUGUCCGCAUAAUGAUUGAUGCUGAACAGACAUACUUCCAACCGGCAAUUUCUCGCAUUACCCUCGAAAUGAUGAGGAAGUACAACACGAAGAAAGCCAUUGUGUUCAAUACUUACCAAUGUUACUUGAAAGACGCAUUUCAAGAGGUUACGACUGAUUUGGAACAAGCCAAGCGUCAGAAUUUCUACUUUGGCGCUAAAUUGGUGAGGGGAGCUUACAUUGAGCAGGAGAGGGCACGUGCUGCUGCCCUGGGUUAUCCAGAUCCUACAAAUCCCAACUUUGAAGCUACCACAGAGAUGUAUCAUAAGACUCUUACUGAAUGCCUUAGGCGAAUCAAGAAUUUGAAGGACUCUGGCGAAGAUGCAAAGAAAAUAGGAAUAAUGGUGGCAAGUCACAAUGAGGACACUGUACGUUUUGCCAUUGAGAAAAUGAAAGAGAUUGGUAUCCUGCCGGAGGACAAAGUGAUUUGCUUUGGUCAAUUGCUCGGAAUGUGUGACUAUAUAACAUUCCCACUUGGUCAAGCUGGAUACUCUGCAUACAAGUACAUCCCUUAUGGGCCAGUAAAAGAGGUGCUGCCGUAUUUAUCGCGACGUGCACAAGAGAACAAGGGUGUUCUCAAGAAGAUCAAAAAGGAAAAGCAACUCCUAAGGGCAGAGAUUGUACGGAGACUCCUCAGUGGAAAGCUCUUCUAUACACCGAAAGGAAAUUAUGUUCCAAUCUAAAAAUCGCUACACCGCUAUAGACACUAAUGUACCUCUUGGAAUUGACGGGAUGGAAAGAAAUACAACAACAUAAAAUAUUUAAAAAAUACGAAAAACAAAUUAACACAAGGAUGUUCUUUAGGUACCAUAAUAAGUGUAAAUCUGUAAAGGUAUGAAGUAAGAGAGUCUGAUAGGUGUGAAAAAAAAAGAAAAAAAAAGACCGCAAUCUUCAUCAGAGAAGCAGAUGUUUCAUUUUAUAGGAAAUAUUUUUUUUCUUAUUUAUAAACCUUACUUUGUAACAUCAAGAAGUGUUGUAGAGUAUUUUUUGUGAUUUUUACAAAUUGAUUGUAGACUCUGUUUAUUGUUUGAAUGUCACAUUCUCCAUCUAUUAUUUUUAAUUAUUUUUACCCUCCUCCUUUAUACUCACUUGAAUCUGAUGGAUGAUAUUAAUAUUUUUUACACCACGAUCAGGAGAUCAAUUGAAUGGAAGUUAUAAGCACAAAAAACAACAACAAAAAAAUGUAAAAUUGAAAAAUUAAAUAUAUCCAGGGUUUUUUCUCUAUCA